AUGCUGUCCGCCGCCGCCACCACGCUGCUGCUCGCCGCCGCGCCGCUCAGCGCCGCCGAGAGCAUCUUGGGCGUCUAUAUGUUCCAUCGGCAUGGUGACCGCACCCCCAAGGCGCUCAAGCCCGCCAACCUCACCGACCUGGGCUACCAGCAAGUCUACCAGAGCGGCCAGUACUACCGCAGCCGCUACGUCGCCUCGGACGCCGACUUCAAGAUCGCCGGGCUCAACACCGACAUCGUCAAGCAGACCCAAAUCACCGUGACGGCCCCGGCGGACACGGUGCUGCAGAACUCGGCCACGGGCUUCCUGCAGGGCCUGUACCCGCCCGUCGGCAGCGACGUGUCGGUCGAGACGCUGGCCAACGGCAGCGACGUGUCGGCCCCGCUGGACGGCUACCAGCUGAUCCCCGUGGGCAUGACGAGCACCGGCGGCGGCAGCGAGGACGCCGGCUGGCUGCAGGACACGUCCGACUGCGGCGCCGCCGAGACGAGCUCCAACAACUACUUCCUGUCCGACGAGUACACGGCCACGCUCGACUCCACCCGCGACUUCUACCAGACCCUGACCCCCGUCGUCAACGCCACCUUUGACGACGACUACGUCAGCUUCAAGAACGCAUACGUCGUCUGGGACCUCAUCAACGUCGCCACCAUCCACAACACCAGCAUCCCGUCCUCGACCCUCCUCACCAACUCGACCCUCCACCAGCUCCGCACCCUCGCCGACGCCCACGAAUGGGGCCUCGCCUACAACGCCUCGGACCCCAUGCGCGCCGUCGCCGGCAUGCAGCUCGCCGGCGAGGUCCUGCAGUACCUCAACAGCACGCUCACGUCGUCGGGCAGCAAGAAGCUCGGCAUCCAAUUCGGCGCCUACGCCACCUUCGCCUCGUUCUUCGGCCUCGCGGGGCUGGGCGACGUGGACGGCGCAGAAUUCCACGGCGUCGUCGACUACGCGUCCAGCAUGGCCUUCGAGCUGUACACGCCCGCCAACGGCUCGACCGUCAAGGACGUCGACGAGGCCGAUCUCUACGUCCGCUUCGUCUUCCACAACGGGACCGCGGGCGCGGGUAGUAGCGAACCCGUCGCGUAUCCGUUGUUCGGCGGCAGCAAUUCUUCCGUGUCGUGGAGCGACUUCGUCAGCAACAUGCAGGGCUUCGCCAUCGCGUCGACGCAGCAGUGGUGCACCAAGUGCGGGAACUCGACGGGCACGUGCGCGGCGUACGCGGACGGUGGCGACGGCUCGGCCGGCGGCUCGUCGAGCGGAGGCGAGGGGAAGAGUGGCGGCGGUGGGAGCAACGGCAUCUCGACGGCCGUCGGCGGCGUCAUCGGCGCCAUGGUCACGCUGGCGGUGGUGCUGGGCCUGGAGGCGCUGGUCAUGGUCGUGGGGGGCUUCAGGUUGGCGAGGAAGAACAAGAAGGCGACGGGGGCGAACGGCGCUGCGCCCGCGGCGGCGGAGGCGAAGGCUUGA